AUGAGAUCUACCAAACCUGUAGAGCUGUACUCAGUUGAUGGUGGGCAGCUGUUGGAAGAAGGCAUGCCAGUACCUGCAGAUAUCAGAGAAAGGGAUAGGUUGUUUAAAAUCGCUCCGAAACCACAGUCAAUCUCGGCCUUCCAGCAGCCUAGCUUCUGCCGCUGUAGUUCGGCCCACUUUGAGGUUCCAUUGCAGAAUUUUUAUUGUCCAACCUUCCCCCUCCUCCUGUCGGGAUCGAACAGGUAUACCGAUCGCAUCAAACCCCCGCUAAAGGAUCGACCAGACUCGCCGAGUUUUAUUGCUCCUCAGGCCUGCGGUCUCGCCUGUAUCAACCGCUAUACUGGCAAGUACCUACUCCAUCAUGACCCUUGA